AUGCAGCAAGAGAUGGAAAUGGAUAUACGGAGGCUACCUGAGUCAACCGAGACGGGGAAAGAGGAGGUAGACAUGGUACAGAAAGGGCAAUUGGAAGCAGCGCAAGGAACGGAUGUCGAAGAAGAAGCCCAAAAUGGGAAGAGGAGUAGGCUGAGAAUGGUGGCUAUCAUCACUGCGCUUUUUCUCUCCCUCUUCGUCUCAGCCCUCGACGCAACAAUCGUCUCUACGGCUCUUCCCACUAUAUCACGCGACCUCAACAGCGCCACGGGCUACACCUGGAUCGGCGGCGCGUACCUGCUUGCCAACGCCGCUUCAGGCCCCAUCUGGGCCAAGUUGUCUGACAUCUGGGGCCGCAAGCCCAUCAUGUUGGCUGCACUUGCCAUUUUCUUUGCUAGCUCGGCGGUUUGUGCGACGGCGAAGACGAUGCAGGAAUUGAUCAUCGGGCGUGCGUUCCAGGGUACGGCGGGUGGGGGGUUGAUUCUGUUGGUGCAUGUUUGCAUUAGUGAUUUGUUCAGUUUGAGGCAGCGGAGUUUGUUGAUGGGCUUCACCGAGGGCAUCUGGGCGCUGGCAGGUGGCAUCGGUCCGGUCUUGGGCGGUAUCUUUGCUAGUCUGGUCACUUGGAGAUGGUGCUUUUACAUCAACUUACCUAUCAGUGGAUUCGCCGCUGUACUCAUAGUCCUGUUCUUGGACAUCAAGCAUGAACACACCUCUUUCAUCGAUGGUAUCAAGGCCGUAGAUUGGUUCGGCAUGUUCACCUUCCUUGGCUUCACGCUUAUGAUCCUUUUGGGUCUCGAUUUUGGAGGCGUACUUUUCCCCUGGGACUCCGCCAAGGUCAUCGCUCUACUUGUAGUAGGCGGAGUGAUGAUAUUUGCGUUCAUUUACAGCGAGGCAAAAGUGGCCAAGUACCCAUUGAUUCCCAUGACGGUAUUCCGCCGGGGAACAAAUAUCGCUGCUUUCCUCGUCGUAUUCUUCCACGGCUUUGUCUUCAUUGCAGGCGAGUACUAUAUGCCGCUGUAUUUUCAAGCCGUUCUCGAAGCUUCUCCGUUGCAGUCUGGACUACUCCUCCUCCCCUUUAUCGUCACAGGUGCGAUUGCCGGAGUUCUCUGCGGCCUCAUCAUGCACAAGACUGGCCACUUCCGUGAGAUCAUUUGGGUGGGCACACUGCUCCUCACCAUUGGUUUCGGCCUCUUCAUCUCCUUCGACGCAUACACAUCGACUGGAAAGGCAGUAGGUUUCGUCAUCCUCGGCGGUCUAGGAUCCGGGAUACUGUUCGAGGCACCAAUGAUUGCUAUUCAGAGCCAGGUCGAACAGCAAGAUGUAGCUACCGCUACUGCGACACUAUCUUUCGUUCGUAAUAUCGGCGUCGCAAUAUCCACCAUCAUCGGCGGUACCAUCUUCCAAAACUCGAUGAACGGUCAGGCUUCUUUUCUUCGAGACGCUGGGCUACCGCAGAAUCUAUUGAGUCAACUUGAUGGCGACAGCGCCAUGGCGAAUGUCAUGCUUCCUGCCACGUUCGAGAAUGCGGCAUGGGAACUUGCUGCGAAACAGGCCUUUGCCGCCGCGAUGCGCAAUAUGUGGAUCACGUAUACGGUACUCGCUUUCUUGAGUUUUGUCGCAGGUCUGUUCAUCAAGGCCGCAGUGCUGGGAACGGAUCAUGUGGAAACUGUCACUGGAUUGAAGAAAGAGAAGGUCGCGGCAAGAGUAGAGACGGACAGUUCGUAG